AGGGUGCGGGGGGCGUUGGCGAGAACUGGAGGCCUCGAGGCUGCCCGCCCUUCCCGAGCCGGUUCGAUUUCGUCAUUUGAAGACUUCGUAUUCUGAGCUAUUCCUUGUUCGCUUAGAGCUGUCCCCACCCACCCCUUUACUCCAGAGAGUUAGGAUGUUCAUUCUGGACCCUCAUUGCGUUUUAUUCUCCCCCUACCCCGGCCCGGAAAAUGGAAUCUGGCAAUUUAUGCCAAUAAUUUUUUUUUAGAAAAAUAUUAGUAUGUUUGAUAGUCCUUAAAUUAAUUAAAAGUGAUCUUUCCCAAUUACUGUAAUUUUACAAACAUAAUUUGUAAGCUCUUUUUGUAAAAAAUAGCUUGUGUUCUGGAGCCAGAAUGCUGGGCCUCAGGCAUUUUACGUGUGAUAAACUUCAUCUCUAGGUGGCUGAGUUUAUGUGUAAAAUGUGUUUAUAUAUAUGAAUAUUUAUAUGCACGUUGAUAUAUUUUAUUAUACUAUAUCGUGUUAUGUAAUUUUUGCAAUAUGGUAUAUAAAAUAUAAUAUAUAUAAUAUGUACACUAACCUACUUUACGCACUAACCUACUUUACACACUAACCUACUUUACAUGAUUGUGAAGAUUAGGUGAGGCACUAAACACUGGUACAAAAUAAGCAGUGCAUAAAUGUUACUUAAAAAUAACAACAUUUUUCUCUAUGGUUUGUGGUUUUGAUUUUAAAGAUUCUAAUUGUGAAGUAUCCCUUCAGUUUUCUUUGUGAAAAUAUUGAAGAAGUAUUUACUUUAGAAUUUCUAUAAUAUCUGAAUCAAAAUGCAAGUAAUCAAUGAAUAGAAGUAAACUCGGCACACCAGGGCUAGGUUGAGCAAUGUGUGCAGUAUUUCUACUGCUCAUGUGUGUAAAGAAAAGACUGUUUUUUGUUUUUGUUUUUAACCAGAAGAAACUGAUAAAUGGAAGAAAAGCUAGGUGUGAAGUAAUGCCAUGUCAUCUUCACUAUUCCCUUGAGAAUAUUGAAGGAUGUUUGUUCCAAGAUCUCUCAAAAUCAAGAGGAAUGCUAAUGAUGACAUCAAAAGUUGUGUUGCUAAGAAAAUUAAGCCAGAAGCCGAAGACCUUCAUUUGGACAAAGGCAGAGAUGUUGAUGCUUUAGUUUCAAAAGAAACCACUGCACCAGACAGGCCCAGAAGCGAAUCAGGCUCCUUUCCCAGUCCUGCUGGCCAGUUGGCUGAGGCAGGCUUGGUAGGACCUGAACAGGGUGCUGAAGAGCCUGUGAAGUCAUUUUCUAAAACACAGCGCUGGGCAGAACCUGGGGAGCCUGUCUGUGUUGUCUGUGGCCGUUAUGGAGAGUAUAUCUGUGAUAAGACAGAUGAAGAUGUGUGUAGCUUAGAGUGUAAAGCGAAACAUCUUCUCCAGGUUAAGGAAAAGGAUGAGAAAUUAAAACUGAGUAGUCGGCAGAAAGCUGGUUCUGAGCCAGAGCCUUCUCCACUUGAUGAUGUUUAUGUCUACAAAGAACACCCCUUUAUUUUGAACCUUCAGGAGGACCAGAUUGAAAAUCUUAAACAGCAGCUAGGAAUUUUAGUUCAAGGGCAAGAAGUCACAAGGCCCAUUAUUGACUUUGAACAUUGUGGUUUCCCUGAGGCCUUAAAUAACAACUUGAAGAAAUCGGGCUAUGAAGUGCCAACCCCCAUCCAAAUGCAGAUGAUUCCAGUGGGUCUUCUGGGGAGAGACAUUCUGGCCAGUGCAGAUACUGGCUCAGGAAAAACAGCUGCUUUUCUUCUUCCUGUUAUCAUCCGAGCUUUAUUUGAGAGAAAAACUCCAUCUGCACUUGUUCUUACACCAACGAGAGAGUUAGCCAUUCAGAUAGAGAGACAAGCUAAAGAACUGAUGAGUGGUCUGCCACGAAUGAAGACUGUGCUUCUUGUAGGGGGCUUGCCUUUACCUCCACAACUUUAUCGCUUGCGACAACAUGUGAAGGUUAUCAUAGCAACCCCUGGGCGACUUCUGGAUAUAAUAAAACAGAACUCUGUAGCACUUGGUGGAAUAAAAAUUGUAGUAGUAGAUGAGGCUGAUACCAUGCUAAAGAUGGGCUUUCAACAACAAGUGCUUGACAUUUUGGAAAACAUUCCAAAUGAUUGUCAGACCAUUUUGGUUUCAGCCACAAUUCCAGCUAGCAUAGAACAACUGGCUAGCCAGCUUCUGCAUAAUCCUGUGAGAGUGAUCGCAGGAGAAAAGAAUCUACCCUGUGCCAAUGUGCGCCAGAUUAUCCUGUGGGUAGAAGACCCAGCCAAGAAGAAAAAACUAUUUGAAAUCUUAAAUGAUAAGAAACUCUUUAAGCCUCCAGUGCUGGUAUUUGUAGACUGCAGACUAGGAGCAGAUCUGUUGAGUGAGGCAGUUCAGAAAGUCACAGGUCUGAAAAGCACAUCUAUACAUUCAGAGAAGUCACAAAUGGAAAGGAAAAACAUAUUGAAGGGAUUACUUGAAGGAGACUAUGAAGUUGUGGUGAGCACGGGGGUCCUGGGACGAGGCCUUGACUUGAUCAGUGUUAAGCUGGUGGUGAAUUUUGACAUGCCUUCAAGUAUGGAUGAGUACGUGCAUCAGGUUGGAAGAGUGGGGAGAUUAGGUCAAAAUGGAACAGCAAUUACUUUCAUCAAUAACAAUUCAAAAAGACUCUUCUGGGAUAUUGCAAAAAGAGUAAAGCCCACAGGAUCUAUCCUUCCUCCACAGUUAUUAAAUUCCCCCUACCUUCACGACCAGAAGAGAAAGGAACAGCAGAAAGAUAAACAGACACAAAACGAUGUGGUUACAGGAGCUAAUCUCAUGGACAUUAUUAGAAAACAUGAUAAGAGUAAUUCUCAAAAAUGAUUUGUUAUGCCACUUUGAAUAAGUUUUGUUGCAUAUUUUCAGCAGAAUUUCUAUAAAUUAUUACUGUGUAAUUUGAGUAAACGAUAAUGUUCAUGAAACAGAAUCUUUAAGAUAGGAUUUUUUAACUUAAUAAAACAUGUAAAGCAA